GUAGAGGAGAACGAAAGAGAAUUGUCAUCUCAAAUGCUCAAUUCAUAUCCGCACAGCUCCAAGUGUGUGUGUCUCUCUUCCAUCGUUUCUCUCUCUUCCCCACCCUCCCACUAUGGCUCGUAAAAGUCGGCCAGAAACCAAAACCAAGAUGGCUUGGAAAUGUUAAUUGUCAAACAAGCGCUCACAGUGAGGCUGUAGAUAAGUAUGGCAGCUCAGCCGCUAUCUCCGACUUCAACUUUUCCCUCUCUUUUCUGUACCAACACUAAUGGCGUCGGUUUUUAUAAAUUCGGUGCUUUCCUUCAUUCCCACCAUGUCUCUGUUUCUUCUUCUUCUUCAUUUUCCAUGGCUAAACCCAACCAAUCCAUUUCCAGACUCUGUUAUUCGCCGACUCAUUUCGCGAAAUCAGGCAAUGGAUGUUCAUGGAUUCAAGAUAACUCCUCGUGUCACGGUGUUGCUGCCUCGGUCGAGCGUUAUCAAGGCUCCGUUUGUCAUGCAUUGCCCACAAAGCCAGCACAAGUUUCCAUUUUGGAGGAUCUUUUUGAAUUCAUUUGCUCAGGUCCAUUGAUAGAAAAGUUGGGCCUGACCCCCACAAAUGUGGCAGACGCCAUAGAUAAAUGGCUAGCUUAUGGCUCUUAUCUAUGUCGAUUGUUCAAGGUUAAUGAAAUGGAGCUCACAAUUCCUCAGAAAGCAAGAUUUUAUCAUUACUAUAUACCUGUGUUUUUUUGGUGUGAAGAUCAAAUAUCUCAACACCAUUCCUCGUUUAAAGAAGGAGAAGAAAUUCCUCCCUUAGUGAUAGGAUUUAGUGCUCCACAAGGUUGUGGAAAGACGACACUUGUGUAUGCUCUCAAUUAUCUCUUCGAAGUAACAGGCAGGAAGUCUGCUAUGGUAUCCAUCGACGACUUCUAUUUGACAGCCGAGGGGCAGGCACAACUGAGGGAAAGCAACCCCGGGAAUGCUCUUCUGGAGUAUCGAGGAAACGCUGGAAGUCACGAUCUCGAACUGUCGGUCGAAACACUCACAGCUCUCUCCAAGUUGACCAAGGAAGAUUUAAAGAUGAAGGUCCCCAGAUAUGAUAAAUCUGCAUAUAGUGGAAGAGGUGACAGAGCUGAUCCUUCUACUUGGCCAGAGGUUGAAGGACCACUGACAGUCGUCCUGUUUGAAGGUUGGAUGCUCGGCUUCAAACCGCUCCCGACCGAAGCUGUUACAGCAGUUGAUCCACAGCUGGAGAUAGUGAACAACAAUAUGAAAGCGUACUACGACGCUUGGGAUAAGUACAUAGGGGCAUGGAUCGUGAUCAAGAUAAACGACCCGAGUUGCGUUUACUAUUGGCGUCUACAAGCAGAGAUUGCAAUGAGAGAGGCAGGAAAACCCGGGAUGAGCGACGAAGAGGUUAGGGACUUUGUGUCACGUUAUCUGCCGGCUUAUAAAGCUUAUCUUCCCACAUUGUACGAAGAAGGACCAAGUGGGUCAGAUCCAAAGCGCUUGCUUGUGGUUGAAAUUGAUGAACAAAGGAACCCAAUUCUUGGAUAUUAGCUUAAAGCUGCUACCACUGCUUUUGUGAGCUUCCCCACAUGUUCUGUUCUGUUAUGGUCUUUAACCACCACCUUUUUACACCCUUUGUGCGCCCUGGGACCUCUCUUAUUCAUUCAUUUCUGUGUCUAUCUGUUUAUGCUGUAUGUAAUGUAAUAUAAUAUAAUAUAAUAUAAUAUAAUCAAAUGUGGAUUUCACUAAAGUUUUUUCAA